CAGCGGUCCUCCCUCCUGUAGGCGCAAUUUGCCCAGAAAACAUCGGAGUGGUUUUAUUGUGCGCUUUACUGCAAUACCGACCGCGUUCUGUCUCCGGUUCUGCGUGUGUGAGCGCGUGCUGACCUCCUUCCGCCAUGCUCCCGGUGUGGCCGUGAAGCGGUGUGAGGACAUUUGAAGCGGACCCAGUGAAAUGCAUCCCCGGAGCGCUGAACCUGUUCCGUCCCUCCGCACACAAAGCCUGUGAAGCAGGCCGUGUUUUUCUCUCACACACACUCCGCUGAUGAUGCUCAAACAUGUCGGGGAAUCACUACAAAGGCCACGAAGUCAGCUGCUGCAUCAAAUACUUCAUUUUCGGAUUCAACAUCCUGUUCUGGCUGCUGGGCAUGGCCUUGGUUGGAAUUGGACUGUGGGCAUGGAGUGAGAAGGGGGUUCUGUCCAACCUGUCGUCCAUCACAGACUUGGGGGGGCUGGACCCAGUCUGGCUCUUCAUGGUGGUUGGGGGGGUCAUGUUCAUCCUUGGCUUCGCAGGAUGCAUCGGAGCACUGCGGGAAAACACCUUUCUACUCAAGUUUUUCUCUGUGUUUCUGGGAAUCAUCUUUUUCUUGGAGCUGACAACGGGAGUCCUGGCGUUUGUCUUUAAGGACUGGAUCAAAGACCAGCUCAACCUGUUCAUCAACAAUAACAUCCGGGCGUACCGGGACGACAUCGAUCUGCAGAACCUCAUCGACUUCACUCAGGAAUACUGGGAGUGCUGCGGUGCGUUCGGAGCAGACGACUGGAACCUGAACAUCUAUUUCAACUGUACUGAUGGGAAUCCAAGUCGAGAAAAGUGUGGUGUCCCCUUCUCCUGCUGCACCAAGGACCCAGCGGAGGAUGUAAUAAACACUCAGUGUGGAUACGACAUUCGAGCCAAACCAGACUCGGAGCAAAAGGACUACAUCAACGUGAAAGGCUGUGUGCCGCAGUUUGAGAAGUGGCUGCAGGACAACCUCACCUUGGUGGCCGGAAUCUUCAUUGGAGUGGCUCUACUGCAGAUUUUUGGGAUUUGUCUGGCCCAAAACCUUGUGAGUGACAUCGAGGCUGUGCGGGCGAGCUGGGUGCCCCCCCCUCUGUCCAUGCGUCGACUCCCACCACACCCCAGCAAGAAAUCAUCGGCUUACUACUCAUGAGACACACACACGCGCGCACAUGCUGUAUGUGUGUCUGUAGCCGUUUCUUUACCUAACGCUGAAGCAGCACUUCAAUUCUAACAGUUUUGGGUCUUUGAACGCGAUUCCUUGAACACAUUUUCCGGGAGCAUUCAGAGGACCUCGCCGAUCACCUGCACCAUUUUGUUCACUGAACCAGCACCUUUUUUCAAGGCACUAAUAUGUGAAGCUCUGUAUAUAGCACUGUGUGACUUCUGUAAAAAAGAGAAUUGUUGUGGAGGAUGGUUAAAUGUGCACUACAUGCAGGUCGUCACAACGCUCCGGUUUUGAUAGAAAUGUGUAGAGAGUAGGAGUUUUGAUACAUCUUUUUGAUAUUAGAUCGGUAUUUUUCACUGUGGAAUAACGCUCCAUCGCUAAACCCAUCAUGCAUCAUGUAGGACUGUAAAAUAUUUGUGUGCAAGAAACAAGAUCUGAUUAUUUCAAAGUUGAGUACUUGCUUUUGGUACCUUUCUAACACUUAGAAAGGCUUAGGCAGGUGAAGUGAUGAAAGAAAUUUGAGGAUUAUUGUGUGGUCAGCAGAUUCCAGGACUACUUCUGCACCAGAAAGUCCAAUUUAAUCAACAAGAGUUCUCUCUGCUCACUGAGUAGUCUGCAAACCUGAACACAAUUCUCCUUGUUGCAUUA